AUGUCUUACGGCGGUGGCGGUUACAGAGACCACCAGGGUGGUGGAGGUGGUUACAACUCCAGGGGUGGCGGCGGUUAUCAAGGUGGGAGCAGCGGAUACUCCAACGGACACUCCAGCGGCCCCAGCUAUGGAGGCGGCUUUGGAGGCGGCUAUGGAGGUGGUGCCGGCGGUGACAGAAUGUCAAACCUCGGGGCUGGCUUGAAGACUCAACAAUGGGAUCUCAGCUCCAUGCCCAAGUUUGAAAAAUCCUUCUACAAGGAACACCCAGAUGUUUCGGCCCGAAGCACCCAGGAAGUUGAGGCUUUCCGAAAAGAGAAUGAAAUGACUGUCUACGGAAAGGAUGUUCCGCGCCCCGUUCAGACCUUUGACGAGGCUGGUUUCCCACAAUACGUCAUGUCUGAGGUGAAAGCCCAAGGGUUUGCCAAACCAACUCCGAUUCAGUCUCAAGGCUGGCCCAUGGCCCUCUCUGGACGUGAUGUUGUCGGUAUUGCAGAGACUGGUUCCGGAAAGACUUUGACCUAUUGUCUGCCGGCUAUCGUGCACAUCAACGCACAGCCUCUCCUUGCCCCUGGUGACGGCCCUAUCGUCCUGGUUCUCGCGCCAACUAGAGAAUUAGCUGUCCAGAUCCAGGCUGAAAUUACCAAAUUUGGAAAGUCCUCCCGUAUUCGGAACACUUGUGUCUACGGUGGUGUCCCUAGAGGCCCGCAAAUACGUGACCUGACACGAGGCGUCGAAGUUUGCAUUGCUACGCCUGGUCGUCUUAUCGAUAUGCUCGAGUCUGGAAGAACUAACCUUCGAAGAGUUACCUACCUUGUCCUCGACGAGGCUGACCGCAUGUUGGACAUGGGUUUCGAGCCUCAAAUCCGUAAAAUUAUCAGCCAGAUUCGCCCCGAUCGUCAGACUUGCAUGUGGUCUGCUACUUGGCCUAAGGAUGUCCGCCAGCUGGCUAACGACUUCCUUCAAGAUUACAUCCAGGUGUACAUUGGAUCUCAAGACUUGUCUGCUAAUCAUAGAAUUACCCAAAUCGUUGAGGUCGUAUCAGAGUUUGAGAAGCGCGAUCGAAUGAUAAAACAUCUCGAACGCAUUAUGGAAGAUAAGAAAUCGAAGGUCCUUAUCUUCACAGGUACAAAGCGUGUCGCCGACGAUAUCACCCGAUUCCUCCGUCAAGACGGCUGGCCAGCGCUAUGUAAGUUAUUAACCAUGUUCACCUUGUUUUCUUUUAUGAACCUGAAUCAUUUACUAACAUAUGCGGGUUUAGCUAUUCACGGUGAUAAGCAACAGAAUGAACGUGACUGGGUAUUGAACGAAUUCAAGACCGGCAAGAGCCCGAUCAUGGUGGCUACAGAUGUAGCUUCGCGUGGUAUUGGUAUGAUAAAUCUGCAACCCCCCUUCCUCCCCUUCUCCAAACCCAUUUCCAUCAUGUCAUAG